AUGUUGGAGUUUUACCAUAAUCUCAACAUUAACUCCGGUCUGCCGCCAGCACCGCAACCGGUCGACAGCAAUGCAAAGGAUACCAACGGCAUGCUCGACGAACGCACAGACAUAGUUGGUACGAUCAAGAGCGAAAAAACGCAGGAAAUAUGCGAGGGAUGUGGCCAAAAGAUAAAGGAUCGCUACUUCAUGAAGCUCUCACCGGACCAGUUCUGGCAUGAGCAGUGCCUUCUCUGCUGCAUAUGCCGCAUUCAGCUCAACCAAACGUGCUACACCAAAAACACCAAGGUUUACUGCAAGGACGAUUACUACCGAAUUUUUGGUGUUUCCACGCUCCACCAGCAGCAGCAGCAUCAGCAGCAGUCCCAGCAGCGCGACUGUUACGGUUGUGGCGAGCGCAUUGCACCGAACGAAAUGGUGAUGCGAGCGAAACAUCUGGUCUACCAUCUGCACUGCUUCCUGUGCUUCACCUGCAACCGGCCCCUGCAGAAGGGCGAACCCUUCUCGAUCCGGGCCGGCAAGUUGAUCUGCCAGCACGACCUGGAGAAGGACUUUUACGGUGCUGCGAUGCACCACCAUCACGGCGGUGCCGGUGGAGCUACCGGAUCGGGAGGCCUACACCCGCCACUACAUCCUGUACACGGGGCGGCGCAUCUGUACGGUGAUGACGAUUACUUGCUGGAGGACGGGUUGCGAACACGCGACGGACGACGAGGACCGAAGCGACCACGCACCAUCCUGACUUCUGCCCAGCGUCGCCAGUUUAAGGCUUCCUUCGACGUGUCACCGAAACCCUGCCGGAAGGUUCGCGAAGCACUGGCCAAGGACACGGGACUCUCGGUACGGGUGGUACAGGUCUGGUUCCAGAAUCAGCGCGCAAAGAUGAAGAAGAUUUCGCGCAAAUCGAAAACGAACGGUAACGGAGAUGGUGAAAAGAACCACUCGGACAAGGAGGACAAGUCGAUCAAGCUGGAAUCGCCUAGCAGUGACCACAGCCACUAUCUGGGGCUUGACAGUUCGUACAGCUCUUCCAGCCAACCGCUCAAUCCGAACCUGCCCUACUCGCCAGACUUUCCCGACAACUCCGACGCCAGUCUGUGCAGCUCGGACAUUUCGUUGGACGAAAACUUUGACAACGUCGACGAGACGACCUCCGACACGAUGUCGUUACAAAAUUUGGACCUGCAAACUAACCUCAACAAUGGCGCUGGACCCGGUACGGGUGGUUUACAGUGCGCCGGUGGACUAAACGGCGGUGCGACGGCCGGUGGAGCAACCCAUCAGCAGCUAGUCAAUCACAACAAUAACUCCAUCAAUCCGAUGGCUAUGGCUGGUGUGGCCGGCAGCAUAACGCACAUCGACAAGCUCUACCUGAUGCAGAAUUCGUACUUCAAUUCGGCACAAAUUGAACAGUGA